CACCCCCAGCUUCUCCCCUGCCCCUCCUCCUUCCUCUCUAAUUUUGUUCCUUGCUCUCCAAGUAACUAGAAAAAAUAAUAUUCUUUUGUUAGAGUGCGAGAGAGGAGAAACAGCUCUAACCUGUGGGGAGGAAAUCUCCGGCGAUCUAGGCUUAGGGUCUGGUUGUGUCUCGGACGACCGGAAGGUCGGUUGAUGGGAUCUCGCCGCCGAGAGGGGAGGGGAGGAUGAGCUGCAAUGGCUGCCGAAUUCUCCGGAAGGGGUGCAGCGAGGCCUGCAUUCUCCGGCCGUGUCUCCAGUGGAUCGAGAGUCCCGAAGCCCAGGGGCAUGCCACCGUCUUCGUCGCCAAAUUCUUCGGCCGCGCCGGCCUCAUGUCUUUCAUCUCCGCCGUCCCCGAGACCCAGCGUCCUGCUUUGUUCCAGUCGCUGCUGUUCGAAGCGUGCGGGCGAACGAUCAACCCGGUGAACGGCGCGGUGGGGUUGCUGUGGAGCGGGAACUGGCACCUCUGCUGCGCGGCGGUGGAGACGGUGCUCCGCGGCGGGACGCUCCUUCCGCUGUCGGACCUCGACGAUGCUGCCGCCGACCACGGCAGUGCUUCCGCGGAGGGCGGGCUCUAUGCCCGGCCGAGGGCGGCGGGGUGGUCCAUCGCGGCCAAGCAGCGAAAGACCGCCCCCGCUAACGACAUGCAGGCGCCGCCCUGCGAUCUGGAACUCUGCCUCACGCCCCGGUCCCUGGCUGCGGCGCGGGAGGAGAGGCGGCUGAGGCCGGAGACGCCGUCGAUGACCUCGGAGGGGUCCGUGACGACGAGCGGCGAGAGCGGCGGCGAUCGCCUGCCCCGCCUCCUGAACCUCUUCGUUUGAGAUGGGCUUUUGAUUGAAAUUAUAUCGUUGCUGUGUGGGUUUUGAUGCCCCGGUGAAAAUUCUCGAGUUCCUAUUUGUAGCCGGCUAAGCUUUUUAUAUGGCUGUCUUCUUAUUUUUCCUCUUGUAACCACCGGCCUGGAUUCCCCUUACCAGGGGAAAGAUGAGAAGUCCGGCGACCGCAGUGUUCUUUUUCCUGACUAUGAAGUGUAUUAUCCUUACUUAAAUUAAAUAAAUAAAAACCGCUUUAUUUUGCCUUGCC